GGUGUUUGCUCAGUCUGGGCUGGAGUUUGAGUACAGGUCUCUGGCUGAUGAUAAGUGCCUCAAUGAUCUGUGGAGGCGUUCACCAUUGUCCUAUGUUGAUCAGGUGAAGACACCACUACUUAUAUUGCUUGGACAAGAUGAUAAAAGAGUCCCCAAUAAUCAAGGACUAGAAUAUCUGCGUGCCCUGAAAGCACGACAAGUUCCAGUUAGGCUUCAGUCUUACCCUGGCAACAACCACAGCAUCGAUGAUGUGGAAGCUGACGCUGAUGUGAUGGUGAACACACUCCUCUGGUUCAGCUCCCACAUCUGA